AUGAGAGCACAUGUCAUCAUCUUGGGUCUGCUGUCCCUCUGUGGACUCUCCAGUAGUCAAGAAUGUAGUCCAGGGUUUCUGGAGAACGUGGUUUUGCUGGGAAGAGAGAUUGAGUUUCUCUACUCGCCUGAUGCCGAACACUGCCGGCUGCUCUGCACCCAUCAGCCCGCCUGCCGCUUCUUCAGCUUCACGCGGCCCGACUCGGGUGACGAAAAACGGCACUUCCACUGCCACCUAAAGUCCAGUUCCUCUGGACAGCCCGAAGGUCAAACCUCGCAGCAGGGUGUCACCUCUGGCUUAUCUCUCAAAUCCUGCAACACAAACUCAAGUAGGAAUAAAGUGUACCACAGUGUGGACUUCUAUGGGGCGGACUACCGGACCUUGUUCACAGCAGACUAUGAGGAGUGUCAGAGAGCCUGUACAAAUGACCCCAGCUGCCAGUUCUUCACCUUUCUCAAUGAAACCUUUACACCAGCAGAUUACAGAUAUAAGUGCCACCUUAAAUUCAGCUGGACAGUACCGAGGACUACUAGGAUAAAGAAAGAGGCUGGUUUAGUGGCCGGAUUCUCCCAGAAAAUACAAAUGACUCUAACGCAGUCUGAGACAGCAUGUCGUACCCAGUUAUUUCCAAAUACUGUGAUCCCGGGAAACAACCUGGAGAAUCUGCACGCUGCCUCUCCUGAACACUGUCUUGCUCUGUGCACUGCUCAUCCGAAAUGCACCUACUUCUCUUAUGCCAGUGGUGACUUCACGUGCCACCUGAAGAACAAUCUAAAUGAAAUGGUGGUGAAAGCCAGAGACGGAGUCACAUCCGGGUUACCGGCACGCUUCUGUCAGCUUGACAACAGCUGGAUUAAGGAGACUCAUGCAGGUGUAGAUUUCUGGGGUUCUGACUAUCACGAUGUGCUGGCGGAUGAUGCAGAGGCUUGCCAGAGGACCUGUACUGAGGAUCCCAACUGCCAGUUCUACACCUUUGUCACUGACAGUUCCCCUGCACUUUCUCACAGGGGCAUAUGCUAUCUCAAGCGUGUCAUCACUGUGCCUGCUCCUCCUAAAGUUUCCAAAUUGGCCGCUGUUGUGUCUGGAUUCUCCCUGAAGAACUGUGUAUCGAGUCCUCCAGCCCCAACCACACCGACAUUCGAAGAAGCAGUCACAUCCUUUACUUAA